GCCAUUUUGGCUCAAAUUAAAAUAUAAUUAACUUGUCUCCAUCAUUGUAAAUUUCCAGGUCAACAUCACAUCUGACAGUUCAAUCAGAAUUUAUGUACAAAUAUGCGCCAUCUUGUUUUUUCCGAGGCGUUGUCACGGAGCACUGCGAAGAAUUACGAAGUAAAACUCCUAGUUUUCUAAUGCAUUCCAGUCCAAAAUAUUACAAUCUAGUUGUCUUAUUCAUGGAUUGUAUCCAGACGUGAAGUGUUUGUCCUGAAUGUCACGUCAAAACCGGUUCAACAGACUAAUACUUGUUUAUUUCCGGUUCUGUGGUAAACUUCCGGUUACUUCAAAACAAUGAGCAUGAACUGGUAUGUUACCCGCAAGAUGAAUUUCGGUGCGGCAGCAGAAAAACUGGAAGAAAUUCCCAAAGAUGAAUGGUUAGAACGCCUCCAGGGAGUUCAAGUAACAAGAGGAGACAUGAAUAAACUUAUAAUGAAUUAUUUAGUCACAGAGGGUUUCAAAGAAGCUGCUGAGAAGUUCCGAAUGGAAUCAGGAGUACAGCCAACAGCAGAUCUUGACCAGAUGGAUGAACGAAUCAAAAUCAGGGAUGCAAUACAAAAUGGCAAAAUUGAAGAUGCAAUUUCAUUAGUUAAUAAUAUCCAUCCAGAAUUAUUAGAUAAUGACAGAUAUCUAUAUUUUCAUUUGCAGCAACAACAUUUAAUAGAGCUCAUAAGAGAGAAGAAUAUAGAGUCAGCUUUAGAUUAUGCACAGACACAUCUGGCAGAGAGAGGAGAUGAAAACCCUGAAAUAUUGUCUGAAUUAGAAAGAACAUUAGCUUUAUUAGCAUUUGAAAAUCCAGAGUCAUCUCCCUUUGGUGAACUGUUACAUCCAUCACAAAGACAAAAGGUGGCAAGUGAGUUAAAUGCAGCCAUAUUGGAAAUGGAUUCUACUCCGAAGUUGGCAAAUCUUGUCAAACUUUUAUUGUGGUCACAAGAAGAACUUGAUAAGAAAAAAAUCAAAUACCCAAGGAUGACAGACAUUUCACAUGGAUCAUUUGAGGAACCAAAGUCAUGAUUCUGUUACACAAAAUAUCUGUCCAUUAGACAAUAAAUUGUCAUUAUUACAGCAGUAUCAGAUAUGCACAUCAAAGUUUCACCAGUGUUGACAUCAAACAUAGAUUGAAUUGUUAUUGAUUAUUCUGAUCUUUGAAAAGGUUAUGUAAGUUUGAAUUUCAGACACUUUACCUCCUACAUUGACAUUGGAGAGUUGAUUAAUUUUAUGACUUUAGGGAUGUGUGUUUGAAAAAAAGAUAACUGGUUUAAUGUGUGAUUUUAUCUAUAAAAAAAUAUUGUGCAAGUCCCAUGUUAUUAGUGUUAUGCCUGGAAAGCAAUUAUGAUGCCAUGGCAUUAUUGGAUCCCAAUUGAAUUUAAGUUUUCUUCUGAUUUUUUCAGGUAAUAUGCAAACCAGUCUUGCAAUUAAAGAGCAGUCAGUUGUUUGCCACGAAUAAUUGAGGUUGCAUUAGUUAGUUUAUGAAAUAAAUCGACCACUUACAUGUAUGUCUAAUUUGAUUGUGACUCCAUUUUUAUUGCUGAAAACAGGCCAUUAACUUUAACCAGUGUGUUUGUCUCUAUCAUGUAAUAAGUGAUUAUGUUACUGUUCCAUAUGCAUGUUAUUUGUUUAAACUAACCGGAGAUGUCCUCACCUGGACGUGUUCCAUGCUCUUUGAUUACGAUAUGCAAUGCAAGGUACUGUCUCUGUUUAGGUGAUUUUUUUUUCUAUUGCACAAUCCGUUUUUCCCUUAUUGACAAAGAAAAUCUAGAAAUAAGCUCAACCAAAAUAAUUUGAAUUGAGUUGAUUUCCAUGGAUUUGCGUCUGUAAUUAUUUGGGCAUUUUCAGAACCAGAUUAUUUAUUUUGUUAAUUGACCAUACAUUAACGUUUUGUCCAUGACUUUGUAUCUUCUAUAUACUUUGACAUUACAUUCUUACUGAAUUCAGAUAUGUUCAUUGAAAUGUAUAGUAGAAUGGGGAAAAUAAUUUUAAAGUUAGCUUAGCAUUUUAAAACUAGACAUAUAUGACUUUUUUGGACAAUGAACUUAAUGCUAUCAAUAUAUCAUAUCUGUUAUUCAGUUACCCCACCGAGGUGGCUGUUUCCCUCUUGCCAUCAGACUUCCUCCAUCAAUAAUAUCGGUGCACGGAAUAGCCAACAAUGCUGAAAGUGGCUUUAAACACGAAUCAAUCAAUCAAUCAUCUCUGUCAUUCAGUUACUCUACCAAAGGUUGCUGUUUCCCUCUGGGCACUCCAGCUUCCUCAAUCAAUAAUAACAGCUGCACGAAAUAGCCAACAGUGGCGUUGAACACAAAUCAAUCAAUCAUCUAUAUUUUAAACUAUAUAUCUUUCAUUUUUUUAAGACUGAUCCCUUGGAUAAUGCAAAAAAUUGUGUUAGAUUAUAUAAGUGUGAUUGUUUUGUUAGAUGUAUCAUUCCUUUAGCUGCAGUUUUAUUUUCACACAAACAUAGACUAGGUGUAAGGGAACUAUUUUUGUGUCAAAUCUUGGACUUUAUGUUUCUAAUUCUGAAAUAAGCCAUCUAUUUCUCUGGCAGUAAAAAUGUGAUACAUGGAUAUAUUGAUUUUAAUAGACUUUACUUGUUAAAUAGGUUUAUUUUCAGCAAAAUGAUAGAAAUGUGUAUAAUAUUAUCUUUUGCUUUGUUAACAUGUAAAUAUUAUGUGAUAAUAAACAUAAUUUAUUUGU